AUGUCUCCGGCCAAAUUCCCCACCAGACGUCUCGGAAGAGGUGGGCCAGAGGUUUCUGCCAUUGGCUUCGGGCUGAUGGGUUUGGGUGGCGUCAGCUAUGGUCCUGGAGGCGCCGACGGUGAGCGCUUCGUCGUUCUGGACCGCGCCUGGGAGCUCGGUUGUACCUUUUGGGAUUCGUCGGAUAUCUACGGCGACAGUGAAGUGCUGCUCGGAAAAUGGUUCAAGAUGCACCCGGAAAGACGAAACGAUGUUUUCUUGGCUACCAAGUUUGCCAUCAAGAUAUCCGCAGACGGUAUUGGGAUGGACAGUUCUCCCGAGUACUGUCGCCAGGCUUGCGAGGCAAGUCUGCAAAAGCUGGGCAUCGACUGCAUCGACUUGUACUACAUACAUCGACUUGACGAGAAGACUCCCAUCGAGAAAACAGUGCAGGAGAUGGUCAAGCUGAAGAACAAGGGCAAGAUCAAGCAUUUUGGAAUCUCCGAGUGCAGCUCCACGUCCUUGCGCCGAGCUCAUGCCGUCCACCCUAUCGCCGCGGUGCAGGUUGAAUACAACCCAUGGGACUUGGCCAUCGAGAACGAGGAUGGCACGAACCUACUUGCUACUUGCCGCGAGCUCGGCGUCGCCACUGUGGCCUACUCGCCGCUUGGGCGCGGCAUCUUGACUGGGCAGGUCAGGUCUACCGAGGAUUUUGCCCCGGAUGACUUCCGCCGCAUACUCGAACGUUACAACAAGGAAAAUUUCCCAAAGAACCUGGCGAUUGUCGACAAGUUCGCGGAGAUCGCCGAGACGAAGCAUGCCACGCCCGGUCAGCUUGCACUUGCGUGGCUGAUGAAGCAGGGCGACGAUAUCAUUCCUAUCCCCGGAACAAAGAGAGUCGAAUAUCUGGAGGAAAAUAUUGGUGCAGCCCGGGUGCAAGUCACAGACGAGGAGGAGAGGGAUAUCAGACUCAAGGUAGACGAGGCUGGCGUCAGAGGAGCUCGGACUCCGCAGGGUCUUUUGAAUGUAUAUGCAGACACGCCCUCUCUCUGA